UACUCCUUGUUCUAUCUGUUCUCUCCAUUCUCUAUGGUCAUCACAUCAUCCAUCUUCCCACCUUUCUUCUUCCUUCUUCCAUGGGUCAAUUAUCGACCUUUAGAAUGUGUCAACUCUCCUCUCAUCACAAAACGAAGCAGCCCAGAUCUUCCAAGUCAAGUCUCCGACGAUUCAAGCUUUUCCGACACUGCAAUGGCCACCUCAACACCUGUGAGCCUGCAUUGGUCAGCUGAGUCACUCCUAAAGAGAAGGAACUAAGGGAAGAGAAGGUUGCGGUGACUAGACCGGAAAAUUCUCACACCUUAAAACAAAAUGAGACAAAAAGGGCAGCUGAGUCACCUUCUGCUUCUCAUUUCCCCUAUAAAACCGGAAAUUCUCUGCUCCCUCACUUCACACUCUCACCGUGACACUCUGUCUCUGUUCCAAGAGGGUAAAGAAUGGCCGAUAUCGGUGGUGAUGGUAUGCCACUUGAAGGGAUGGAGUUAUAUAAGCAACAGUUCAAGCAGAUUUUCAACACACACUUGGCAAGGAUUUUGACUUUUGAUCCCAACAGUGUGGUUUCAGAAAAGGGCGUACGCGAAAUUUUGCACGGGUUAACUGCGGCAGCAUUCGGCAAGGGCGUCAUCUACAAUGGCGGAUUUAUACCCCGGGCUGAUUAUAAUAUGAAUGAAGCACUCGAAUACCUCGAGUUCAAGGAGUACCCGAAUGCUAGGAUUGGCGGGGAGAGGUGCUUCAUGCAGUUGCUCAGAGAGUGUCAUGAUGAGGCAGUGCGUAGAGAAUUAGAUAACAUAGUAGCUCAAGCAGCUCUUAUUGGUGAAGCAGCCUCGAAAGUUCUUAUACAGAUGAUGGUGGUGCUGAACAUAGAGGACAGACGGGAGUUGGUGGAACCGUUCAGUGAUACCCUGAAAAUGUUAUCAUUCUUAGUGGAUGCUUUUGAUUGGCCUGGGAAAAGUGCUUAUUUUGGUGUGGUGUUUAACAGGAUCAUGGUUCUUAUGAAGCAAGCACACAGAGAAUUCAUCCUACAGGUCACUAAGAGAAUAAGGAUGCCAAUUUACAGUCUAGGAUAUAUUGAACAGUUGGAACUAAAUAUUGGCAUCAAUGAGGACUAUGUACCAUUUGUUCACCGCAUCCUUGGUUGGACUGUAAGAAUUGUCUCAAAGCUGGAGUCUUAUCUGAGCUUUGCACUACUGCCCAAUGGGGAUGGGCCGAGGUUGCUCGAAACAGAUACAAGGUCAGUAGGUUGGCUGCUGAAAGAACUCCAACAUCUGGGAGAUGAGUCGAUGGCUUUAUUCACAAUGAGGGCAGAGGUACUAUUUUCCACGUAUAAACAACAUGAGUAUUUCAAUGAUAUUGAGCCAUUUCUCAACAGAAUGUAUGCACUGGCAAAUGUACUGUGGAAGGAUCUGUUGAGUGAGGUGCAAGUGGUGAACAGACCCCUAUUUCAAGGGAGAGUCAGAUUGCAUGUUGAAGGAAAAAUCAUGAAACUGUACCCCAAGAGCACACUGAUAGGGAUAGUAGGAAUCAACUCUAGGAAAGAAGCUGAGUGGUACACUGGAAAACCCGUUGCCUACCGCUACAAGAAUAAUGUGCAGAAAAAAAUAAGCCACUACUGCUGCAUUUGGGGAAAGAUUAUUAGGCCUCAUGGUGACUUUGGUAUCCUUUAUGCUAAGUUCAGAUCCCAUUUGGUCCCCGCGACAAUUGUUCGGCUGAGGGUAUAUAUUGGUGUCAAAUGAGGGUGUGCAUUCGUUCCAAGAUCAUCAACAAGUUUUGCACUCAUUCUAUCGUCUAUGAAGACUAAUCUUGCAGUUCCCCAGGACUUGCUGUGUUUGUUGGGUUCUGAUCUGCCACUCCCCCCCCCCUCCCCCUGCAUGGAGAUGUUCUUAUCACAUAUUAAAUUGUAGACGUAUGCUUCCUCUGUAAUAGCUAAAUACUCGGUCAUAUCGAUCUGUUGGUUUGGAUCGUGACAUUUUACAUGUUUGUUACCUUAUCUAAGAUUUUGAAUACAUAGGGCAGUAAACACAUAUGGAGUUGAUGGUGUUUGAAUUUUGGAAGAUGUUGAGGUGCUUGCGAUAU